AUGUUCACCUCCAAAGUCAUCGCUGCCCUGAUGGGCGCCUCUAUGGUCAACGCCCACAUGAUCAUGAGCAGCCCCGUCCCUUUUGGCAAGGACACUCUCAACAACUCGCCCCUGUUGGCAGAUGGCAGUGACUUCCCAUGCAAGCUUCGCGACAACGCCUUUGAACCCCCCGCCACUGAGACAACCAUCGCCAUCGGCGAGUCCUACCCUCUCACCUUCAUCGGCAGCGCCACCCACGGUGGUGGUUCCUGCCAGAUCAGUUUGACCACCGACUUGCAACCCUCCAAGUCUUCGUCUUGGAAAGUCAUCAAGUCCUUCGAGGGUGGCUGCCCUGCCAAUGUCGACGGCAACAUGCCUGGCGGCCCCGACGUCAUCGAUCCUUACACUUACAACUUCACCAUUCCCGAUGGUAUCUCCGCUGGCAAAUACACCCUCGCCUGGACCUGGUUCAACCGCAUCGGCAACCGCGAGAUGUACAUGAACUGCGCCCCUAUCACUGUUUCAGGUGGCUCCUCCAAGCGCUCCCCCGAGGAACUCCAGAGACGCGCUGAUAGCUUCCCUCCCAUGUUUGUCGCAAACAUCAAUGGCUGCAUGACCCAGGAAAGCGUUGAUAUCCGCUUCCCCCAGCCUGGUGACUACGUUGAGUAUUCCGGUCAAUCCAUCAACCUCGCCAAGGAUGGCUCCCAGGCUUGCACCGGUGCUGCUAAGUUCGGCGGCUCUGGUGAUGGAUCCUCGACUUCCAGCAGCUCUAGCUCAGACACUGGCUCCGCCGCAGGCUCUGCUGCACCGGCCGAGACCACCACUGCCCAAGCCGCCCCGACAUCCGCAGUCCCAGUUCCAGACAAUGUUUCAUCAAAUCCAGCCACCGAGCCUGCAUCCGAGCCCGCGGCCUCAACCCCUGCCGCGGCUCCCGUGACAACUGACUCUGAAUCUGACUCAAGCUCGAGCUCCGGUGCCCUGACGGGUAAUUGCAGUACUGAGGGCCGGUGGAACUGCAUUGGAGGCACUUCCUUCCAGCGUUGUGCUUCUGGCACCUGGUCCGCCGCCCAGCAAAUGUCCACUGGCACCCAGUGCAAUGCUGGUCAGAGCGAGGAGCUUGUUGUCUCUGCCACUAAGAAGGCGCGUCACAUCUCAAGCAUGCGCUUCCGCAAACGCGCUCUCGGUGGUCACCACGUCCACCUCAGCUAA